AUGACAGUUACCGAAUAUGAGUGUAAGUUUGUGAGGCUUAGCAAAUACACUCCAGAAUGUGUAUCCAUUGAAGCCAUCAUGUGUAAAAGAUUUGAGGAUGGAUUGAACGAAGACAUCCGAUUAUUGGUUGACCAGAAUGUUCCCAGUGUGGGAAAUGUCAACCUGGCGAGUGCCGAGGGGGAGAUAGAACCUGUUUUAAAUGCGGUUCCCUUGACCAAUUUGUUAGAGAUUGCCCCAAGAGGACAGAAAAAGGAAACUUUUAAGGAGCAAGGGCAAAUAGCACUGUUAGUAAGGGGAGACCUCAGAGGAAUCCGAGUAGUGGAACGAGGAGGCACAAUAUUUCCAAAGAUAGACCUCAGGUCUGGUUACUAUCAGUUGCGGGUUAAAAAGUCAGAUGUACCUAAGACUGCCUUCAGAAUGAGAGAUGAGACAAAGCAUGCCAAGCACUUGAGAAAUGUUUUGCAGACUUUAAGGGACAAGCAGUUAUAUGCCAAGUUUAGUAAAAGCAAAUUUUGGCUUCGUGAAGUUGGGUUUUUAGGAUACAUUGUUUCGGGAGAUGGUAUUAGAGUUUACCAGAGUAAGAUUUCAGCCAUUAUUGAUUGGAAACCGGCGAGGAAUGUAACGGAGGUUAGAAGCGUUUUAGGUUUGGUCAGUUAUUACAGAUGGUUUGUUAAAGGGUUUUUAAUAAUUGCGACCCCAAUGACGAGGUUAUUACAAAAGGAUGUUGAGUUCGAAUGGACAGAGAAGUGCAAACAGAGUUUCGAGAAACUGAAAGCGUUGUUAACUGAGGCUCUAGUGCUAGUUCAACUUGAGCUGAGAAAGGACUUUGAUUAUGAGUUAGUAAUCGACCAUCAUCCGGGAAAAGGGAAUGUGGUCGCUGAUGCCUUAAGUAGAAAAUUCUUAUUUGCCUUGAGAGCCAUGGAUAUAAGGUUAACUUUAUCAAAUGAUGGUGCGGUUGUAGUAGAGUUGGAAGCUAGGCUGACAUUCUUCCAAGAAGUUUGUGAAACCUAG